AUGGCGGACAACGACUCCCCCGUUACCCUGCGCACGCGCAAGUUCAUCCGCAACCCUCUCCUGGGUCGCAAGCAGAUGGUUGUUGACAUCCUGCACCCCAACCGCGCCAACAUCUCCAAGGAAGAGCUCCGCGAGAAGCUCGGUGGUCUUUACAAGGCCCAGAAGGACCAGAUCUCCGUUUUCGGUCUCCGCACCCAGUUCGGUGGUGGCAAGACCACUGGCUUCGCCCUCGUCUACGAUUCGCCUGAGGCCAUGAAGAAGUUCGAGCCCCAGUACCGUCUCGUCCGGGUUGGUCUCGCGACCAAGGCCGAGCGUGCCUCCCGACAGCAGCGCAAGCAGAGGAAGAACAGGCAGAAGACCCUCCGCGGUACCGCGAAGGUCAAGGGUGCCAAGGCGAAGAAGGACAAAUAA